GUUCUUGUUGUGUCUGCAGCCAAUACCCAUUGCCAUGCAGAUCAUGUGACUGGUACAGGGCUCCUGAAGAAGAUGCUGGUUGGAUGUCAAAGUGUCAUUGCACAGGACAGUGGAGCACAGGCUGAUGUGCACAUCAAGGAAGGGGAUACCAUUAACUUUGGCAAAUUUUUUCUGGAGACACUUUCCACCCCUGGACACACAGAUGGCUGCCUCACCUUUGUGCUCAACGACAAAUCCAUGGCAUUCACCGGAGAUGCUCUGCUCAUCCGAGGCUGCGGACGGACUGAUUUUCAACAAGGUGAUCCCGAGUCUCUGUACCAUUCCGUCCACCAGAAGAUCUUCACUCUCCCUCCCGACUGUCUCCUGUACCCUGCUCAUGACUACACAGGUUGGUGUUCUAUUCUCACACGGUCUGAGGAGCACUGGCCGUCCCUAAUUGCCCCAAGGGCGGUUAAGCGUGAACCGCCUUGCUGUGGAUCCGGAAUCGUGACGUGGUCCUGACUGGAUAAGGAUGUU